AUGUCACCAGAGGUGAUAGUUUUCCUUUUAAGUAGUCAUCGAUGGGUUAAAGUACACGCAAACAGCCAACGAUGUAAAGUGGACAACGAUUGUCAGUAUCAAAACCAAGGUCAAAGGUGCAUGAAUCACACUUGUUUGUAUAUUUGUCAAUCGGAUGAUAAUUGUCCGUUAAGUGGUGUCUGUAAAACGAACGUUUGUAAUUGGAAUGGUUCAAAGGUCCCUAUUCUGCCAUCAAAAAUAAACAAUGGGACGACAGGAACUAAUAGCACCAGUUCUGUGGCGGUUGGCGAUGUGGUCUUGGAUAGAACAUCCGUACAAGGUGAUAAUACCACAUCGACCAAUACCUCAUCAUCUAUUACUCCGACAUUAUCAGUUAACAACACCAAAGACAAUGAUGACAAUGGUGGCGACAAGAAAUUCUUUUCCAAUGAAUUAACAAAAUCCAUAGCAGUAAUAAUGCUUGGUGUGCUAAUAGUCGGGUUAGCUAUAACCGCGCUCUGUUGUGUUAGACGUGUUAGUACAAAAAAAUACGGUGAAAAAAGCGGACAAGACUACAACGACGACAACACCUAUCAUAAUAGAAAUAUAGUGACACCUGAUGUGAUGACUAACAUACACGAUGAAAACGAUAGCCCAUAUCAAUUCAUAGAACAACAUAAACAUCGACAACAGUCAUCAUUACACCAAAAACAACCACAUCCUCAUAUGCGCGAAUCGUCGUUCGAAGAAGCGCAUUUACAUGCUACCGGUGGUGAUUUGGAUUCGGAAGAGAUCUCUCCCUUGCCUCUUCAACCUCAGUUGACGUUCACGGAACAGACGUUAUAUGGAUCUCACGGUGCUUCCACGUCUUCGGUUGACUUGAAAUCUACCUCACAGUAUCCGUAUUUGUCGCAACAUCAUUUCAUGUCUUCUGAAUAA